AUGUCGCCACCUAUCUCCCUCUACCCUCCUUUACCUCCUCUACCCUCCUCUACCUCCCUCUACCCUCCUCUACCUCCCUCUACCCUCCUCUACCUCCCUCUACCCUCCUCUACCUCCCACUACCCUCCUCUACCUCCCUCUACCCUCCUCUACCUCCCUCUACCCUCCUCUACCUCCCUCUACCCUCCUCUACCUCCCUCUACCCUCCUCUACCUCCCUCUACCCUCCUCUACCUCCCUCUACCCUCCUCUACCUCCCUCUACCCUCCUCUACAUCCCUCUACCCUCCUCUACCUCCCUCUACCCUCCUCUACCUCCCUCUAAACCUCCUCUACCUCCCUCUACCCUCCUCUACCCUCCUCUACCUCCCUCUACCCUCCUCUACCUCCCUCUACCCUCCUCUACCUCCCUCAACCCUCCUUUAUCUCUCUCUACCUCCCUCAGAACCUCCUCUACCUCCCUCUACCCUCCUCUACCUCCCUCAACCCUCCUCUACCCCUCUCGACCACCCUCUAACCCCACUACCCAUCCCACACCCUCCUCAACCCCCCUCCACCCCCCUCCACCCCCCGCUACAACACCCUUGCCCACUGCACUCCCUUUGUGUUAA